UUAAGCUACAUAUAUAUAUCGCGUCUAACAUUGUACGCCUUAUGUGUACAAGCUGUGAUCGUUGCAGACGUCUCGAACGGAACAGUGUACACUUUAGAAGUGUAUAGUGACUCCUUAUUCCGCCGGGAGCGUGUUUGUUUUCGGUACAACGUCAUCUCAGUCAACCCAUUCCAUAUCUCUAUCAUUGAUAGGUAGCUAAGAGCGAAUCUCAGUGUGAACUGACGUGUUUCGUUCAUUUAUUGAUUGGAAACUUAGAGACGUCGCGAUGUUAAAAAACUUUUGGGAGUGUGUUAAUGGUUCCCCUGUUGACAAUGAGGUGUGUAGGACUAAGUUAAACAGAGGCUCGCAAAAUACAGCUUGGCCUAAAUCAGACACACACAACGAGAUCAUGCUCCGAUUACCGAGGGCACUAAGACAUGGCAAUCUCAUAGAAAUAAAUGGAACAUUUCAAGCCAAUACGCAAAGGAUAAGACUCAAUCUUACUAAGGGUUUAGACAAACCUGAUAUAAAAAGUAUUGCAUGUUGGACAGAGAUAAACUUUGCUGAAGGAUAUGUAAGUGGCAGCAAGAACGUACAACUAGACAAAGACCCACCAAAGGGCGAAGACCUCAAAAAAGAUCUAUUUCCAGGUAAUGCAACAGUUAUUUAAAUACCUGAUUCUGGCUAAAUAAUAU